GAUGGAUGAUAUUUUGCGCAAGGACAAGGUGUUGGUCACGAUCUUGGUUCAUUUGCCAAGUUAAAUAUGCAUUAAACCUAGAUUAUUUAACCGUACUAGAUGUGACAAACUAAUCUUAAUAACUCAAAUAGGCCAUUUAUUUCUCACUAUAGGUUGUGAUGUAAAGUAUGUAGAUAAGAAAUAUGAAGUGCUAGCACAGUAACAUAUCACUGUUGGAUCGGAGGGGGAGAAACAGUAGGCCUUGCCCCUGGCCAUGGAGCUAUACAUCGAAACUCUGACGGGCACAGCGUUUGAGUUGCGGGUGACACCGUUUGAAACAAUCAUGUCAAUCAAGGCCAAAAUCCAACGGCUCGAAGGCAUCCCGAUCUCUCAGCAGCAUCUCAUCUGGCAGUCGCGCGAGCUCGAGGACGAGUUCUGCUUGCAGGACUACAGCAUCACAGAUGGCGCCACGUUGAAGCUGGUGCUGGCGAUGCGUGGAGGACCAAUCAACGCUCGUCGCGUGCCCUUGCCGGAUGACAGCUCCAUGAGUCUGAGGGAGAUCACAGAGUAUGUGGAGGCCAACAGGGAUGAGAUCUGGGAGAAGCUUCCAGGAAACAGGCAGGUGACGUUGCUCGUCUUCCGCGAAGGGGACCAGCUCAACUUCUUCCGCGUCGUUGACCGAGGCGACGGCACGCUGACGCCGCUUUCCGAGUCCCUCAGCGGCACUGCCGUCUGUAACUACCUUGAGGAGGAUGACGAGGAGGAGGAGGAAGAGGAGGAGGUGGAGACAGAGAGUCUGCACAAGGUCGCGGAGAACGAGGAGACGCGAUCAAAGAUGCGCGCGCUCAGGAGCAAGAUGGAGUGCAUGACCCUCACCAAGAAGGUAGCUGUGUAUCUCUGUGUGUGCGCGUGCAUACGAUCGUCGACGUCUUAG